AUGGGAAAGUUGAGCUCCAGAAUGGUCAUGGUUGUUGGUGGAUGGUUAUGGUUUACCACCAUUUCCAUGCUCCUCCAUGGUUCAACUGGGCAACCUGCACAGAUUCCGGCGAUGUUUGUGUUUGGUGACUCAUUGGUUGAUGAUGGAAACAAUAACUAUCUCAGAUCCAUAGCCAAAGCAAAUUACAUUCCUUAUGGAAUUGAUUUCAACCAGGGGCCUACUGGGAGAUUCUCUAAUGGAAGAACUGUUAUAGAUAUGCUUGGAGAAAUGUUGGGCCUCCCUUAUCCUCCAGCCUUUGCAGACCCUAACACAGCUGGACCAAGAAUGCUUCGUGGCGUGAAUUAUGCUUCAGCUGCCGCAGGCAUUCUUGAUGAAACAGGAAGACAUUAUGGAGAACGCUUUACCUUAAGCCAGCAAGUGCUCAAUUUUGAGACCACCUUGAACCAGCUGAGGCAAUACACGGGUGGGAGCAACUUGACUCAGUAUCUCUCCAAGUCUUUAGCUGUGUUGGUGUUCGGCAGCAAUGACUACAUCAAUAACUACCUCUUGCCUUCCCUCUACUCCUCCAGCUACAAUUACGAUCCCCCAGCCUUUGCCAACCUUCUUCUCAACCAUUACACCAGGCAAAUUCUGGCACUGUACAAUCUAGGGCUGAGGAAGUUUCUGAUAUCAGGGGUAGGUCCACUGGGUUGCAUUCCAAACCAAAUAGCAACCGGUCAGGCACCACCAGGAAGAUGUGUGGACAAAGUAAAUCAGAUGCUUGGAACUUUCAAUCAAGGCCUCAAGACAAUUGUCGACCAGCUGAAUGCAAACCAUCGUGGGGCUAUCUUUGUGUAUGCAAACACUUAUGGAGCAAUGGGCGAUAUUCUCAAUAACCCUGCAAGAUAUGGGUUCAGUGUUCUUAAUCAGGGAUGCUGCGGUCUUGGGAGGAACCAAGGACAGAUAACUUGCCUUCCCUACUCCAUUCCUUGUCAAAACAGGAACCGAUAUGUCUUUUGGGAUGCCUUCCAUCCUACACAAGCUGUGAAUGCAAUCCUUGCUCAGAAAGCUUUCUCUGGCUCUCCUGAUGAUGUCUACCCAAUCAAUGUGCAGCAAAUGACCUACUUAUAG